CUGCCCUUGCAUAAAUAAACAAUUGAUAAGUGAUUCUAGACAGAAGAACACUCAAUCACUUUGAGUAACAAUGGCAGCAAGAACCAUCGUUGACUUUCAAAACUCUUCCAUCUUUAUUCUCCUUUGCCUCUUUUCAUGCCUCUGUUACUCUUUCUUCUUCUUCAAGAAACGAAAUUCACAAGGUUGUGAUCUGCCGCCUAGCCCUCCAUCUCUUCCGAUCAUUGGUCAUCUUCACCUUCUCCUCUCUCCUCUAAACCACAAAUCUUUUCAGAAACUCUCCUCCAAGUACGGACCUCUCCUCUAUCUUCGCGUCUUCAACGUCCCCAUAAUCCUCGUCUCCUCUGCCUCAAUAGCCUAUGAGAUCUUCAAGACGCAGGAUGUGAACGUUUCUACUCGCAACCUCCCUACCAACGAAGGGUCUCUCUUCUUUGGAUCUUCCGGCUAUGCCACCGCACCUUACGGAGGUUACUGGAAAUUCAUAAAGAAACUCAUCACCACUAAGCUCUUUGGACCUCAGGCUCUGGAGAGGUCACGAGGCAUCCGUGCAGAUGAGGUAAAUCGGUUUUACUUGAACCUUGUAGACAAGGCAACGAAGAAGGAGACAGUCAAGAUCGCUGAGGAAGCUAUGAAGCUAAUAACCAACAGCAUAUGUAAGAUACUUAUGGGAAAGAGUUUUUCAGAGGACGGAGAGAAAGUGAGGGGGUUAGUGUCUGAAACAGGUGUCAUGUCAAAGAAGUUUUUCUUGGCGGCUAUUUUGCGCAAGCCGCUUGCCAAGCUUGGGAUCUCGCUUUUCAAAAAGGAUUUAGACAGUAUUUCUCGCAGGUACGAUGAGGUGUUCGAGAAGAGCAUUUUGGAAUGUGAGGAGCAUAAUCAAAGUUCUGAGAUGUUGGCGGCGCUUUUGGAAGCUUGUCAAGGUAAAACAGGAGAGUAUAAGAUCACAAGGAACCAUAUCAAGUCCUUGUUCGUGGACAUUUUAGUUGCAGGUACUGACACCUCAACGAAUGCUAUACAGUGGACCAUGGCAGAGAUUUUAAACAACCCUAAGAUUCUUGAGAGACUGAGAGAAGAAAUCGAUUCGGUCACCGAAAAAACAAGGUUGAUUCAAGAAACAGAUCUACCCAACCUUCCUUAUUUGCAAGCUGUCGUCAAGGAAGCACUGAGAUUGCACCCAUCGGUACCUGUUGUGUUAAGGUCCUUCCAAGAAGGAUGUAAGUUCAGAGGCUUUGAUGUGUUGGAGAAGACAGCACUUCUUAUCAACGGCUAUGCUAUAAUGAGAGAUCCAAAUAUCUGGGAAUACCCUGAGGAGUUUAAACCUGAUAGGUUUUUGUUGCAUUCUUCGAGAUCAUUUCAAGAGGACAUUAUCAAAGAGGAAGUCCUGAAAUACCUUCCCUUCGGAAGUGGAAGGAGAGGCUGUCCUGGAUCAAAUCUAGCUUAUCUUUCUGUUGGAACCGCGGUUGGAGUGAUGGUGCAGUGUUUUGAUUGGAAAAUCGAAGGAGAUAAAGUUAACAUGGAAGAGGUUCCUCGGACAAUAACUUCGACUAUGGCUCAUCCCCUUAAGUGCACUCCUCUUCUUCGGAAUCUAAACCCUUUUCCUUCCAAUGUGUAGAUUUCCAGUUUGUGCGUCCCAGUUCUUAGUAAUUUGAUACACACUUAAGGAAUUACUAGGUGGACGUAUGUACGGGCAUUAAUAUAAUCUAUACAUUACAUGUAUAAAAAUUAAUAUGAGUGUAUAAAACAAUGUAUUAUAACUCUCUUUCUCUUUUACAUAGGUAA